CUGAUGGGGCAUGAUCAUGAUAGCCUCCGCAGAAUGGAAUUAGCGAGGCUUCCUUGCGGCCCAGUUCAUACAUAUUACUGCCAAGACGUUUCGAUGUAUGUGGUGAUACCCUACCUCGUCCUCCAGCUUCAUCCUUAUCAUGUCUUGUCAUUCUUUUUACCAGCUCAACGCUUUCCAAUUCUUACAGCUUUUCCUUCUUUUCUGUCUUUUCGUCCUCCUUAUCAUCGAUAUCGCCGUACACGUUACAACGAGGUGGCGUUCGAAUAGUCUUUCUGCAACCCAAGGGGAAUCAAAGAAUGUAGCCAACCUGCCAAAAGCGGCUCCCGACGCACGCGUAUCACAGCAGCGACAAUCCGAAGACCCGAUAUCGGAUUCGAAGCACGACGAUGCUACCGUCGUCCGAACUUAUCGGGGUCCCCUACCCGUUGACCAAGACAACCUUUCGCGUCUAGACCUGCGAAAGAAACUGUCUCAAAGCACAUUUUCUCACUUCUCCGAGCGGCUCGUUUUUACGAACAAACUAUGGGCGCAGAACACAACCAUCCUCCAGCUCCGUCGUGAUCUACUUUGCACUGAGGGUGUCAGCCGGGCCAAUGCCUUCAAUGCUUUCCUCGACCGCCUUGUGCUUUCCAACACCAUCUGGCGACAGCGGGAGCAGAUCACCUGCUUGAAGGACGAGCGCGACAAGAUCAAGGGUUUGCGAGUCAGAUCUGUUGUUUCUCUGUCCAAAUCGCUUGCGUCCCACCAGCGCAAAGAGUUGCUCACCAAGCGACUGGUGGUCGACCUUAUUGACGAAGUCAGAGCGAGCAAGCGGGAAACGAUGAUAUUACGGGAGGAACACGACAGAGAGGUGCGGAAGAUCAACGAGCUGUGGGUGAAGGAUUAUAGAGGGAUUGUGGAUGAGGUGGAAAAAUCUCGGCUCGCUGAGAGCGCGAGGGUGAUCCAGCAGGAGAUUUCUAAUGACGUCGAGCAGGAGUUACGAGACGAGCUUAGCAACUGUAGGAAGGAGGUGGAAAGGCUGAGAGGCCAGAUUGCUGAGUACGAGCGACUGAUUGAAGGACUGUGGUCGGACCUUCAUGGGCAGGAGAAUCCGCCUAUUUGACGUGACCUAGUACCGGUACUACCAACGAUUGGUGGGCGUGCAAAGGCG